CGGGACCAGAGCCGCCCGGGGAGAGCGGUGGCCUCGCGGUUGAGGCUGGAGCCCCUCAGGCUUCCCCCGGCGCCCGCUCGGUCACGCGUAGCCUCCACUCAUCUUGGAAGGAGAGCGCCAGGUGGGGCUUCAGUCCAGCCAGAGACAGAGGCUUGACCCGGGCCGCCUGAGGACAGAGCUGCGGAAGUCUUGGGGCCACAAAGUCUGCCUGCUACCCCUUGGGAAGCUGUGUGUACCAACGCGGGGCGUUAGAGGCGAUCCACAGCUGGAGGGACCACCACUUUCCUUACUUGGACAACUACAUGAUUGCUGACAUCAGCCCCAACAAGCAUUAGCAAACUUGUCUAAACAGGGUCUGUGAAUCGCUGAAGAAAGGCCCCAGCCUCAGAUGGUAUGCAAAAACAAAGAACAUUUGUUCUGCAGAGAAUUCCAGCAUGCUGGGGUCACCACCUUCAACACAUGGCAGGGACCCCAAGGAUAGCAAGAAUCAGUGCUAACUGGUGCAUUACCAAAAUGGCAUCUGUGAAGAGGCACAAUGCUGAGAAAAAACAGCAAAUGCACAGGAAGCUUCUGGAAGAGCUCAAUGAGAAGCGAGAGUCCCACUGUCUGGUGGAAAGAAGCAAUCAAGUGAGCUUACUGAGAGUUCAGAGGAGGCAUUUCAGCCAGGCCCACCAGUCCUCAGCUUGGACGCAUAUCAAAGUGCCUGUUCCUGAAAGUGGCAGGGACUCUUGGGUCAACCAGAGAUUCCUGGUAUUCAAGGAGAAAAGGCACUUCCCGCUAAAAAAUAAUGCCAUAUUUGGAUGAAGUAUAUAUCGAGAGACAACAAAUAAACUCUCUUUGACAGUC